CACACGCGAGAGGACACUUUAACUGCCAGCUGGGCGCGCCGACUGGUGGGCGUGCGCUCGAUGGGACGCAUAUCAAGUAAGGCGGUGGCAGUGGCUUCUGGCAGUGCUGGAGAACCGACCGCGGUACGACUAACGCUUGCUUGGCUUCGCUUGCCUGGGCUUUAGGAAACCGCCUCGCGUGGGUGUGUGCGUUCCGGAAAGGCUGAGCGGCUCAACUUGAUAAAGUGGCGAUUUCGAGGCGGAAACGCCGGUUAACACUCCCGAGAUGGCCGCAGAUUCGUGUUACAUGAUGGGUGUCUUCCGGAUGGCGUGCCGGAUCUGACUUCUUUAUGUUGAUGUUUUUGCCUCCUUUUCAUUUUAAUGCUGAAUGUACCGCGUUUGUGGAAGCCCCGGAAGUCUCCCUUGUUGAGGAUGUGCGCUGUCAAUAGUGUAUGACGAAGUGUUGAGGAAAACGAUGAUGUGUGACUAGUACGGAAGAGAAGACAGCACGCCGCAAGGAAGCGCCUCAAGGAUAUGAUCCUACGUGAACAAAGUUGUUAACGCCAAGGAUCAGCUGGAGACUAUCGCACGCAAGCUUUUGUAACUUUAGGUUUUUAUACUACAAGGAUCAGCUGGAGACUACCGCACGCAAGCUUUGGUAACUUUAGGUUCUUAUACUACAAGAUACUUUUCCUCGCAAGACGUCGUGGGGAGAAGGUCACACGGUUGCCAUUGGGUAGAAAAGGUUGACACACAACUCCAGAGAACGUUUCGGUGCAAGCGAUAUUUUGACAGUUCCAGCCCGCUGAGAUGUGCACGUUACCUCGUCUUGUGUUCAGCCCCGUUAAGACGCAAAAACAACCGCAGUGCUCUCCGAUGCACUUGGCCUGAUUUGACCUCGUGAUGCACGCUCUACUGAUUAAAUAACUUAGAUAGUUACACAUCACUGCGCUCUGUACGACGGGAAGAGGAAGUCACUCUUGAACGUUGCAAGAGGUAACCUUAAGGAAGCGGCAUAUACUUCCGUGAGCCGACAGCGAAACUACGGAGGCAUUGGUCCUAGGAGCGUCGUAAGUUCGACAAAUGAAUGGACGAUGUGGAAACGUCGGGUUCCCUCUUGAUUUCUUCCUUACGUGCUUAGUCUGAAAGCGUUCGUUUUCAGAUGACCUUGAGCUUUUUCGCAACCAAUAUACACCGUGGUGUGAGCUGCCGUGCAUAGCCGGAUCGACUGCGUGCCAAUCCGGUACAUCCGAGUUCGAAGGCGCUCUCAAGAUGAAGCAUCGCGAAUCCUCCUGGAACAGACGGCAUCAAGGUCCCGACGGACCGUGGGCUUGGCUCGUGGCUUCGGCCGCAGCCUGGAAUCUCUUCUGGCUCAGUCUCCUGCGUCGUUCGGGCGGCGUGAUCUUCGUCGCCCUGGUGACCACCUUCGGCGAGAGCAGGGAGAGGACCAGCUGGGUCAUCAGCCUCAACAUGAGCCUCGCCAUGCUCCUAGGUCCUGUGUGGGGACUACUGACAAAGUUCCUGUCUCUGCGGACGCAGACCUUGUUGGGAUGUCUCAUCGUUGGCGUGAGCAGCAUCCUGUGCUACUUUGCACGUUCCUUGACAAGUGUGAUCGUCCUUCAAGGCAUCUGCGGUGGGAUAGGCCAGGGAAUCGUGAUGCCGACCAAGGAUCUGCUCAUAGGCUACCACUUCCGGAGGUACCGCGGUUCGGCCAACGGCAUCUACUUCAUCGGUGGCACCCUGGCGGCGUUCCUCUAUCCCAUGGUCCUGCUGAUGCUCGUCCAGGAGUACAAUCUAGCUGGUGCACUGCUCAUUACAGGAGGUCUGCAGCUCCACGCGCUCGCCGGAUCCCUGUUCUACAGAAAGCCGCCCUGGGCCCAAGCCCAGAACGAAACAGAGGCCAGGAGAAACAGCGCCGGACUGAAGGCCAGGGGAGACGACAAGUACAGCACACGCCGCGAGGUCUCGAUAUCGGCCAAGAGCUCCAAGACAGAAGAAGCACGUGCUGUCGACAACGGCCACGGCUCACAGUCCAUCGAUGGAACGUUCUCUAGAGUGCUGGCGCCCUGCGGGAAUGGUGUCGGUACGAAGUGUGAUGGUGCCGUCCGUGCUGUGGACGUUGGCCGAGAGAAAGGAGAGCAUGGCGAUGACAUCCUUCGGAACGGUGUCAAGUACGGAAACCAAGAAACCAACGGCUCAUGUACAUCCGCUAGCGCGGUCGCUGCUUUGCUAAGCGAUGAGACCGGAGUAGCCACAGAGGAGGGCACAGCGACCACUGUCGGCCGGACGGAUGAAGACAGGCGACCAUCGUCAGCUAGCUCCCGCCACUUCGGCUUUCUCAAGUACCCUGUCUUCUACAUGAUCUUCGUGACGUGCUCGUUCAGUGCCUUCUCGAUGUUGCCAUUCACGAUCCUCGUGGACUACGUCAAGGAGAGAGGGUUCAGUGCCCAAGACGGCGCCAUUUUGCUGUCGGUGAGGGCCAUCGGGGACGCCAUCUCGCGUCCCAUGUCGGGUGUGCUCUCCGACAGGGACCUGGUCGACCGGCGGACGCUCAUGUGCGCCAGCAAGCUGACCGUGGCGUUCGUGUGCGCGCUGCUGCCGCUGGCGACGCAGUCGUACGCUGCGCUGCUUGUGCUGUGCGUGCUUCUCGGCUGGAGUACCGGCACCGCGGUGGUGCUCUUCGUGCCCAUCAUGGCCGACCGGGUCGGCGUGGCGAGCCUGGGACUGUCCAUGGGGUUCUGCAGGUUCGCCAUGGGUGUGGGUCACCUGACCUGUCCGAUUAUAAUCGGGCAUUUCAAGGACCAGCUCGGCUCCUACGAGGGACUAUUCUACGUCAGCAGCAUCGUGACCUUCUUUGUGGGCUCGCUGUGGCUGGUAGACGCCCUUCGCAUGGUGGUCAUCCGGAGAAGACGAAGGCGUGCCUCGGCCGCAGUUCACUGGGACGCCGUGCCGACAAGUGAACAGCAGGCUUCUGCAGUGCCUUCGUGAUAUCUGUUACGCUCUGCCUUCAUAGUUUGUUCCAAUGACUGAAACGUUUUAACAAAGCAAGCGGCAAGAACGAAGUGUUCUCUGCAGCGCAAUUGUACCGCCAUCAAUUGCAGAAGGACGUCGAGAAGUGAUCUCCAAUCUUCUGCGGCGUACCGCGCUGCAGGCUGCGCGGAUACUACAGUAUGUCUUUUCUUCAGUAAGUGAAACAAAAACUGCAAGCCGAAGAAAGCUGGCACUCCGAUGGUGGCUUGCAUACAUAAGCCAUAUAGUGCUGGUCACUCAUGAUUACAAAUUAUAACAAGUAUUCCGUGGUGUCUCCUCUGAUGUCUCGUGCUAUGUAUCUUGAUAGCGUGUUCCAUGCAGUAAAUGAAAGAGAAACGUCCAGCCUUGGUGUCCUGCCCUUCGUAGUAACCACGCUGCAUUUCGUUAAAGCCAUUGUAGACAGGUGCCCAGCAUGUCUUGGGAUAGUUCUGGCACGAUCGCUUUUGCAGCACUGCCCGCAUUUCGCGAUUGACUUCUAACGCUAAAAGUUCGCUAACGUUGUUGGUGAGAACAGGCGAAUCGUCAUAGCGGGCACAUCAUUGGCUAAAGUGAAUAAUGACAAAAUGUUACGAAAUAAUGCGUUUGUUAAUUCGGCCACUUGGCUCUUGGGCCCUCAUUCAAAACAGAACACUUACGCUACGACUAAGAGAUACCAGAAGGCAGCCGGCCCAACAGCAAAGAUCGCUCACGAACGAAAAGCUUUUAUGAAUUCCGCGCCUAUUGAUAGGAUUUCAGUGCCUGAAAUAAGUAUUCACACAGAGGCUCCUUCUAAAAGGGAGGCGCUAUGUGCAAGGCAAACAUGCUCUUUUCGAAAGGCCCUGCAGUCGACUGAUCAGGAGUUUCCGGUAGUGUCUUCGUGACGUAGGCAGCAGCGGACCACCUUAAUCCGGCAAACAGCGCUAGUUGUGUGACCCGCCUAGUUGCUAAUCUGUCCGCUGGUGCGCUGUUUUAAAAUGGAAAAUUCCUGCAAAUGGGCCAACAUUCAAAGCUCUUGCUCCACUCCGUCGAGUGGAACACACAGUGUCGUCCGUCGACUGAAGUAGACGCCGCUCUUUAGUAAGGCUCCUCGGCAAUUCCUACAAAUGGUUGAGAAACACGCACCACUCCAGCGUAUUCUGGUAGACGCUGUAUGUACUGAGUUAAUUAGUUUUGACCGAAAAAUUGCUGAUGACCGUUAUUUAAGGGCAGUGACCUAUUCGGUGGAAAAGCCUUGCGCUACACUGUUAUUUCUGCGUACAAGUACCUUCUGCAGGGAGUUUCACUUAAAUAGGGCAAACUUUAAAAAUAUACAAAAGCUGGACAGAACCAAGGUAAUGUUGUUUGCUGUCGCUUGGAGUAGAUAGUCUUAAUUAGUUAACCAACUUCUCAAUUAUUAUAAUUGGAUAAAAAGUGUCAAUUAGAAAAUUUUAGAGCAACAUGAAAAAUUUCCGAUACAGCUUUCUGUUGCUCAAUACGUGCCGUACUGGAAUACGUGCAUUCGCGGGCAUCUUUCACGCUCGGAAAAACACUUUUAUGUAGCACGUGUUGAGCAACAGAAAGCUAUAUCGGGAGUUCACGUUGCUCAACAAUUUUCUCAUUGAGGCUUGUCAUCUAAUUAUACCAUUUUAGAAAUUGAUUAAUUAAUGAAGACUAAUUAUGUAAUUAGGCGGUAUGCAAAAAAUAAUCUGAGUAUCCCCAAGCGACGGCACACAACAUUACAUUGGUUCUGUCCAGUUACGUAUAGCAUUUGCAUAUUUUGCAAACGUUUGGCCCAAGGUAGGUGAAACACCCUGUAGAGUCGAGGCUGAUUUCCGAGUGAAGGAACAUUAUAUAUUUGUAGUACACUCAUAUGCUUGCAAAAGUGGUUAAGUGUGCUUGUGCUAUGCAUUCUAUAACUUAUUAUUGAUCAAGUAAUCGUUAUUUGCUAUUCACCCCCCCCUCCCC